AUGCUGAUGUUCGGUUGUUUCCAGUUGGCCGUGAAGGCCGUACGCGGCACGCGGCUGGCUGGCCGACUGGGUGUCCAGGCCAACGGUCUCAAGCACGUCACCACACUGGCGCUGAAGAAGAAGCGUCUGGCUCUGCAGCAGCUGACCAGCGCGAGCCGCCAGCUGAGCCGCGUCGACGCGCGCAACCAGAUCCUGAUGAAGCGGCGGGGCAUUGCGGUGAUCCACGAGCGGGUGCCGACGGCGGCGGCGGCGGCUGGCCGGGCGCGCCGUCCGCUGAACCGCAGCCGCCUGGACGUGUCGGCGCCCUCCGGCGGCACGCUCCUCACCGUACAGUUCAAGAACGACCUGGCCAGGCAGCGCCGACAGCAGCUGCCGAUGGAGCUGGACGAUACGCUGGACGAAGACCCGCCAUCGCCUCCCCCGCCGCCGCCGCCGCCGCCUCCGCCGCGCAAUCGGACCGGCCUGGACCCGCGCAUCCAGCAGGAGAUCGCGGCCAUCCAGGCGCGCGGCCGCGCCCAGCACCAUCUGCCGGCCACGGCGCAAACGUCAGGUGUGGGAAACUUCCGUCCGGCGGCGGCUACCAGUUCGCGCACGCUGAACGACCGCUUCACGUCGGACAGGGUGAUCUACUCGUGAGCGCGGGCCCGCGCCGUUCGCGCAUGAGACGACACCGCUCUGCGACGCACUGGCUGCAGGGUGUGGACUGACUGGCCGCAGUGGCAGGCACGUGGGUCAAGUCGCUGUAGAGUGAGUUUGGUGGCCUAACGUUGUUCCGCUUGUGUUUCCUUAAUCGCGCCGCACCGGGUGCCGGAGGGUCGUUAUGCUGCGCCUGCGCCUGUCCUAGGACCUGUGAGACGGCUGCAAAAGGCGGUGGUUAGCUGGCGGUGCCAAGUCCACGACUUCGCCGAUCUGAUGUAAACUCCUGGAGGCUUGAAAAGCGACGAACGGAGGGAGCGGAGAUAUUUCAUUGCAAUAUAUUGCGCGGCCCUUGACUGCGUGUUAAAUCGGAGUGCAAAUAAAUGAGACCUCUGUCUUCCUCUGGAA